UCAGUGAGAGUGUAAAGGACAGGGUUCUGUGUGGUUGAGCUCAAAUACCUUGCUGGAGCUGGGCAGCCAUGGGGCAAGAGCAGAGAUCCUGCCCCCACACCCUGUGCUGCCCUCUCCCCAUGCUAGCGCUUCACUGACGGCAUUACCAACAAGCUGGUGGCCUGCUAUGUGGAGGAGGACAUGCAGGACUGUGUGCUGGUCCGGGUGUACGGGGAGCGGACGGAGUUGCUGGUGGAUCGGGAGAACGAGGUCAGGAACUUCCAGCUGCUGCGAGCACAUGGCUGUGCCCCCAAACUCUACUGCACCUUCCAGAAUGGGCUGUGCUAUGAGUACAUGCGGGGUGUGGCCCUGGGGCCUGAGCACAUCCGUGAGCCCCGAUUCUUCAGGCUAAUCGCCUUGGAAAUGGCAAAGAUUCACACCAUCCACACCAACGGCAGCCUGCCCAAGCCCACCCUUUGGCACAAGAUGCACACUUAUUUCACCCUUGUGAAGAGCGAGAUCAACCCCAGCCUUUCCGAAGAUGUCCCUAAAAUAGAGGUGUUGGAACGGGAGCUAGCCUGGCUGAAGGAGCACCUCUCCCAGUUGGACUCCCCUGUUGUGUUUUGUCACAAUGACCUGCUCUGCAAGAAUAUCAUCUAUGACAGCACCAAAGGUCAUGUACGGUUCAUUGACUAUGAGUAUGCCGGCUACAACUACCAGGCUUUUGACAUUGGCAACCAUUUCAAUGAGUUUGCAGGUGUGAACGAAGUCGAUUACUGCCUGUACCCUUCAAGGGAGACCCAGCUGCAGUGGCUCCGCUACUACCUGCAGGCACAGCAGGGGAUGGCCGUGACCUCCCGGGAGGUGGAGAGGCUCUAUGUGCAAGUCAACAAGUUCGCCCUGGCAUCUCACUUUUUCUGGGCACUCUGGGCCCUCAUCCAGAACCAGUUCUCCACCAUCGACUUCGAUUUCCUCAGGUACGCAGUGAUCCGAUUCAACCAGUACUUCAAGGUGAAGCCUCAGGUGUCCGCCUUGGAGAUGGCAAAGUGACCAGCUUCCCCUCUCUCCCCUCCCCCAGCUGCCUGGCCGGCUGGUUCUCCAGGGCUCAGUUCUGCUCUGGGGUCUGUACCCUUGGACAAGGUGGGAGAGGGGACAGGUGGGUGUCCAGGGAGAAGAUUCCGCCAGCCCCCAUUGAGUACUGCUGUGAUCACAUUCUCAUUUGGAGAGGCUGAUGGACCUAGCUUUGGGGUCCCCUUUACCUGGCCAGACUUGGGAGGGAAGUGCCUGCAGCCAGCCAGAGCUCAGACCACAGCCACCCCUGGGAAGCCCAGCAUUCUUAGCCCCAGGCCAGGCUGGAAUCUGGGCUGCCUUAGAAGUGUCUUUGAUCUUCCUGGCUUGGGGAGGGGGGAAGGUGGAAGGGCUCCUUUCUACCUCCAGUGCCCUGAGCCUCCAGCCCAUCUCCCCAUAGGUCCCAUAAGGGAGGUGUUGAGUCCAAACCAGCACCAUGCCAACUCUGACAGAUGGAUGUACAUGUUUGGGGGGGGAGGGGAAGGUGGUGUAGAAGUAGAUUUGACACCUCCCUAGCAACUGCCUCAUCUGAGAUACCUUUCUCCAAGCCAGGUCCAAUCAGCCCCUUCCCAAACCUCCGUCCUAGGACUCAUGCUCUCCUGUGCCCCUCUGCUCUGUGCUGUGUCCCUCUGCAGCCUGCUGGGAGGGAAGGCAAGGGGGUGGUCACGUCCUGGGCCUCCAGAGCCUGGCUCAACUUCAUGCUGUGGUUUGGCUGGAGGGGACAGCAGCCAGCAGCCUUGUUCCCUCCCCUGCCUUCCAGGCCCCCACUUCCAAGGAUCUCUCUGUGGCCACCCACUUGGGAUUGACUAGUGGGAGUCAAGGAGCAGGGGCAGGGACCAGGGCUCUCCUGGCCUGCCAGAGCCUGGGGAGGAUCUGUCUGAAGGUGCUGAGAUCAUUGUCUCUGACUCUCAACAGCCUCCACCACCUUUCUGCCCUCACAGCCCCUGGGGCCUUCAGCUUGGGCCCAUAAAGUGAUUCAUUUGUAAAUUUAUCUUGAUUUUUCUGCAUUAAAAUGGCCAUUUCUGGACCA